AUGAAUGGGACAGCUAAAAGAAAAGAUCUCAUGGUAGUCAAUAUGGGACCUCACCACCCAUCAAUGCAUGGUGUUCUUCGACUUAUUGUUACUCUAGAUGGUGAGGAUGUUAUUGAUUGUGAACCAUUAUUGGGUUAUUUACACAGAGGGAUGGAAAAAAUUGCGGAAAAUCGAACAAUUAUACAAUAUCUGCCUUAUGUAACACGUUGGGAUUAUUUAGCUACGAUGUUCACAGAAGCAAUAACCGUAAACGGACCAGAACAGUUGGGAAAUAUUCAAGUACCCCAAAGAGCCAGCUAUAUUCGAGUAAUUAUGUUGGAAUUGAGUCGUAUAGCUUCUCACCUAUUAUGGCUGGGACCUUUUAUGGCGGAUAUUGGUGCACAAACCCCUUUCUUCUAUAUUUUUAGAGAAAGAGAAUUAAUAUAUGAUCUAUUCGAAGCUGCGACAGGUAUGAGAAUGAUGCAUAAUCUUUUCCGUAUCGGGGGAGUCGCGGCCGAUCUACCUUAUGGUUGGAUAGAUAAAUGUUUGGAUUUCUGCGAUUAUUUUUUAACAGGGGUUGUUGAAUAUCAAAAACUUAUUACGCGAAAUCCCAUUUUUUUAGAACGGGUUGAGGGGAUAGGCAUUGUUAGUGGAAAGGAAGUAAUUAAUUGGGGUUUAUCAGGACCGAUGCUUCGGGCUUCCGGAAUACAAUGGGAUCUGCGUAAAGUUGAAAAUUAUGAGUGUUAUGGGGAAUUUGAUUGGGACGUUCAAUGGCAAAAAGAAGGAGAUUCAUUAGCUCGUUAUUUAGUUCGAAUUGGUGAAAUGGUGGAAUCCAUAAAAAUUAUUCAACAGGCUUUGGAAGGAAUUCCCGGCGGACCGUAUGAGAAUUUAGAAUUCCGUUACUUUGAUAGGGAAAGGGAACCAGAAUGGAAUGAUUUUGAAUAUCGAUUCAUUAGUAAAAAACCGUCUCCGACUUUUGAAUUGCCGAAACAAGAACUUUAUGUAAGAGUUGAAGCCCCCAAAGGAGAAUUGGGGAUUUUUCUAAUAGGAGAUCAGAAUGUUUUUCCUUGGAGAUGGAAAAUUCGUCCACCCGGUUUUAUCAAUUUGCAAAUUCUUCCUCAAUUAGUUAAAAGAAUGAAAUUGGCCGAUAUUAUGACAAUACUAGGUAGUAUAGAUAUCAUUAUGGGAGAAGUUGAUCGUUGA